UUUUUCGGCAAGCUGUCAUUCACUCAAACCGUUCAAGCAUGGAAUCCCAUAAUUUCAAGAACCUCGACUGGAGAAGAGCAUCGACUUCUCAAUAUACGGAAUCCGAAGUCGAUUCUAACAACGAAGACUGGGACGACUGGGAAGGCGAGGAAGAACAAGAAGAAAUGAAAUGUUUGUUCUGUCCUUCGUCGUUUGGAAGUGCAUCCGAUGUCUUCCGUCAUUGCCAAGACGUACACAAGUUUGAUUUUGUCAAGACCAGACACCAACAUGCAUUGGAUUUCUAUCAAUGCAUUCGAUUGAUAAACUACAUUCGCAAGGAGGUCAUGAACAAUCAGGAACUUGGCAACAGCCUUCCAUUGACAAUUACUGGAUCUGAGAAUUUUUUGAUGGAAGACCAGUACCUCACCCCCGUCCUUGAAUCGGACGCUCUUCUUCAUGCUUUUGAGGAUCUUGAUUUGGAUGACGACAACGAAGACGAAUUUGAUACUCCAGCAGCAAAGGAGGAUAUCAAAGUUACCACAGAAUUAGAACGUGAUCUCCUUCAGCGACUUCGACAAGCCGAAUCUCACGUCGAGGCCCUUCACAAUCAAUUCGCAGAAUACCAAAACAUGGUUCGGAAAACGUUUUUGGAUGACGAAAUCACCAAGCAGAUUAUGGAGGAAGAUGGCCUUGCUGUUCGAAGUAGUCCAGCAUUAGCUGAUCACAAAGAUGAUGGCAACUAUUACUUUAACUCAUAUGCACAAAAUGAUAUCCAUGAACAAAUGUUGAAGGACCGAGUGCGAACUGAAGGAUAUAGAGAUUUCAUCUACGAAAAUAAGGAUGUCUUCAAAGACAAGGUUGUUCUUGACAUCGGCUGCGGAACAGGCAUUUUAUCCAUGUUUGCAGCUCGCGCAGGCGCGAAAACAGUUAUCUCUGUCGACAACUCGGCCAUCAUAGAAAAGGCAAAGGCAAACGUGAAGGAAAAUGGAUUGGAUGGUAUCAUCACCUUACUACAAGGAAGAAUUGAAGAAAUUACUUUGCCUGUUCCGCAAGUUGACAUUAUCAUCUCAGAAUGGAUGGGCUAUUUCUUGCUUUUCGAGGCUAUGUUAGAUUCAGUACUUGUAGCUCGUGAUCGGUGGUUGGCACCAGGCGGAAUUCUUGCUCCAAGCCAAACAAGAAUAUUAAUAGCAGGAUUAGACGACGAGAACGUCAAAAACGACCGACAUUGUUUCUGGGAUGAUGUAUAUGGAUUCAAAAUGUCCGCCAUGAAAGAAAGUAUUGUCAAUGAAGCUAUCGUCGACUUUGUCUCAAAGGAAGCCAUCAUCACUGACGCUGUAUGCGUCAAAGACUUGCCUCUCCAAACCAUCAGCAUACCACAGCUUGAUUUUGUAUCACAAUUCAAAUUGACAGCUAGCAAAGAAGGCACCAUUUAUGCACUUGUUGGCUGGUUUGACACUUGGUUCACCCGUGAUGGACAUGACGUCCCACUCGAUCAAGAGGGCGGUAAGCCAGGUGUCGACACGUUCUUCACGACUGGCCCACAUGGUGAAGACACACAUUGGAAGCAGACUAUCUUUGUCCUGGAUAAUCCCAUUGCCGUUGUACAAGGUACUAUCAUCGAAGGUAUCUUCACCUGCCAUAAAGGCAUUGACAACCCACGCGAGCUUGACUGUGAAGUCCAGUACAGCGUGGACGGAUCACCUGAUCUAUUAGUCCAAAGCUUCCAUUUACAAUAGAGCUGGCACAAUGUGUCCCCUUGAAAGCAAUAAUAGCACGCAUAUCCGGAUAAAUGGCACUUCCAGUUACACUUUUUGCCAUAAACAGACGUUUUACAAAGAGUAACCUACUCGUGAAACCAAGAUAAUGGUAGAGCUUUCAAACAAUAAAAGCAGUUAAUUGCUAUGAAACAUGUGUAUACACACGCGAUGGACGUUAUCACAGCU